UAGGACAGUCGUAUACGACGAUACAUUUCAGGUAUACUUUACCCGGUACACACCUGGCGGAAAGGCAACAGGUAACAAGAUGGGAGAACAACAGAAAUUCCGGAAUUUUCGCAUUGAGGGGACAGUGUCGGCUCCCUUUACACCCUUCAAACCUGACGGAGAAAUCAACUAUGACGUAUUCCCUGCCUAUUCAAAAUACCUACAGGACCAUCACUUUAAACAUGCCUUCGUCAAUGGAACACUUGCUGAAGGAAUGUCACAAACAAUGGACGAGAGGAAGAAAACAGUAGAAGCAUGGAUGAAAGCAGCUGAUGGGAAGAUUGGAAUAAUUGCUCACGUAGGAACAAACAACCUUCGGGACGCCAAAGAACUGGCUCGUCAUGCUGAGGAGGUCGGAGUCGAGGCUAUAGCGGCCUUCGCGCCUUCAUUUUAUAAACCAAAGGAUGAAGAAGCAUUGGUUGACUACAUGGUUGAGCUGGCUGGAGCAGCACCAAACACGCCAUUCUAUUACUACUGCAUCAACUUUGUUACCGGAAUUUACUUAAACUCGGCAAAGUUUUUGAGGCUUGCUAAGGAUAAGAUACCAAACCUGUGCGGUUUGAAGCAUUCCUCCAGAGAACUGCCUAGUGCCCACAACUGUAGUUUGGUGGAUAAGGACCGCUUUCAGGUCCUUAUAGGGUCCGACGUGCAAUUCAUCACGUGCCUGAGUCUUAAAAUCGAGGUGCCGGUUACUGCAUCAUAUUUAGGCAGCCUCUUCUUCAAGCUGAAGACAGCUUACGAUAAAGGGGAUAUGGCGACGGCGCUUCAACUUCAGGAAAAGGCACAAGCGGUGAACAAUGUCAGAGAUCGUUUCGGUGGAGACAUACCGGUUGCAAAGAAAAUGUUUUCUAUCGUAUCUGGGGUUGAUGCUGGACCGGUGCGUCUGCCUCUAAAGGAUAUAAGUAAGGAAAGUGAGGAGGACUUGAGGAAAGCACUGAUGGAUCUAGCAUGCUGGCAGUAACAAAGCUAGCGAAUAAACAGAAGAAAAGAAAGGAAAAACAAAACAAUGACACUGAAAUAGAAACUAUAGGAAUUACAGGAGAGAGAAUGAGAGGGAUGCAUUAUUGUCUUAGUAGUAUUUGUAAAAUAUGUCCGUUUUGUAUAAUCUAAAUAUCAUUCUCGGUUCAAUUAUACUAGUAGUAGAGUUGCUUCUCAAUAUACAAAGAAACACAUUUAUUGCCUUCUGUGUCUGUCUGAUAUUUAGAUAUGAGGGCGCAUGCGCAUACACCACAAAGUCGGCCAACAUGCUACAUCUGUAUACAUGAUUUUUCACUAAAUUAUGAAAUUAUGACUGUAUACAUUAUUUAUUUGGUUUUGAUAAACAACACCCCUCU